ACGGCCUGAAUCGAAUCCACUGUAUUCUCUACUUGGGGUGCUUGACAACGGAGAACCCACUCCAUUUACAGUCGGAUCACAGCCACGUGGAAAUGCUCUCGUCUCGUCUUCGCCCCCUGCAUACUUUGCCCCCCGACUUGUCAACGGAAAAGCCCCGCGACGCCGAUGACAACGAUAAUAAUGACGAUGCUUCUGCCGACGCCGAAGAUCUCUUCACGGCGUUUCUACCACACCUCUUCCCCAACGAUGCACCCCAAUUCCAUGGUGACCCAGGCCAAUAUCUCCUCUACACCUCGCCACGCUAUGGCAAUCUGACGAUCCAAGUCCCGUCAUACCCUGAGCAAAGCGGAAAUGCGUCCAGUGCCACGCAAGACCCUGGGUCCGAGGCCCCGGCCUUUCCGAUAGAAUCAGACUCAAGUCAAUUAGAAAAACGAAGGACACUAUUCGCUCAUAUUCUAUGGUCUUCCGGGCUGGUCGUUGCGGAGGCUGUGGAGAAUGCCCACGCCGCCCACGAACAUGUCGACCCGAUGUGGAAGAUGGAAGGAGAAAAAGUCCUGGAGCUAGGCGCUGGCGCUGCACUCCCAUCGAUAGUGUCUGCCCUGGCGGGUGCCUCGGAGGUGACCAUCACCGACCAUCCCUCGUCGCCCGCUCUAAGUGGUACAAUUGUCUGGAACAUGAAACGUAACAUCCCAGCGACGAACGCAUGUGCUGUCUCCAUCCAGCCUCACGAGUGGGGGGUUCUCUCGUCCAAUUCCUGGGCGGUAGCCAACAAGGGCCAUUUCACACGCAUCAUCGCAGCCGACUGCUUAUGGAUGCGGUCGCAGCAUGAGAAUCUCGUGCGAACAAUGAAAUGGUUCCUGGCCCCAGAAGGUCGAGUCUGGGUCGUCGCGGGAUUUCACACGGGACGAGCGAUUCUGGUGGAGUUUCUGAAGGUCGUGUCGGAGAUGGGACUGGCGGUUGAGGUAAUCUACGAGCGUGAUCAGAAUACCAGUUACGCUGAGGGGGGUCACGAAGUCAGGCGAGACUGGGUAGAGGUGAGGGAUGGGGAAGGGCCUGAGAAUAGGAUGAGGUGGUGUGUUGUUGCUCGGUUGAAGCACGCCUCCUAGUCCAGACAUGGAGUCUUAGGUAUUGUCUCGACGAUAACAUUCUUCAAACCACGAACCGGGCCUUUUCUAGACUUGGUCCCACCGAUGAUUGAAGUCUAGACUUAUUUGAUUUCUUGCCAGUCGAGAAGCAUG